AUGCUUGAGGUAUAUUUCAAGGGCGUACCUGCGGACAUCCCGCCGGAGCUGGUGAAGGAUGUGAUGGUGGUCUACCCGCUGAGAGUGCGGAAGCAGUCGGCGUUCAGCGAGGGUCACUGCUUCCACCGUGUGCUGCACCCUGUCACUGGUGCCGACACCGACAAGAUCAAGGGACCGGUGACCCCGCACGCGGGUGCCUCUCUCCGCACUUCUCCGCUUGUCACUCCUCUCCUUAUGGAUGCGGCUUUCGUCUUGAUCUCCACGGGGAGCAACAGGGAGGAGUGGCUCUGCACCCUGGCCAGCUGUGGGAAGGCCAGCGGCAAGUCAUUCAUGACCGCUGCGGAUCACGUCACCUCUGCAAGCCAUCUGCUGGGGUUGGAGAAGCUGGGUGCAGCCACUCGCAUCUCUCUCGAGAAGCUGAACCUGAACAUCAUCCGCAAGGAUUAUGGGUGCUGA